AUGAUGCCCUCUCCACCCGACAUCCUCAUCGUUGGCGCUGGGCCUGUCGGCCUCGUCGCGGCGCUUAUCCUCGCGCAGAACAAGGUCCCAUUCCGCAUCAUCGACAAGCGCGCAGACUUCACUGGCAUCGGUCAGCGCGGCUCUGGUCUGACUCCGCGUAGCCAGGAGGCCUACCGCUUCCUCGGCGUCCUGCCCGCUUUCCGCGCGAAGCAGGGCACCAUGCACGACGAUCUUCGCAUUCAAGAGUACGAUCCCGACGGCAAACCUACCCGGUCGUUUUAUAUCCUCGAGAAGAUGAAGCCCACGCCCGCCAUCCCCAUUCCGAACCACUCGAUGAUCGGCCAGGACUCGAAUGUCGAGAUCAUGCUCGACGCUGUGCGGAAGCUCGGCGCGGAGAUCGAGACGCAGACGGAGCUCGUGGCGCUGCAACAGGACGAGGAAUCCGUCAUCGUUACGCUCAAUAACGGGGAGACCGAGGAGAAGGCGAAGUUCGCGUACGUGGUUGGCACAGACGGCGCCAAGGGUGUAUCACGCAAGCUUGCUGGUCUUCAGCUAAUUGGCGAGACGACAGAGGGCAAGCGCGCACUUGUUGGAGAUGUGUAUCUGUCUGAUCUUGACUUCAUUCAUUGGCAUACCUUCAAGGAUGCUCGUGGCAACGGUAUCGUCGCGCGUCCCUGCAACGAGGAACCUGGCCUUUACGCAUGCACCUUCUUCGGGCCCGACAUCGACCUCGAAGCCACAGCGACCGACCGCGAUCUCUUACAGAAGGCAAUUACCAGCAUCACGAAAGACGAGAACAUUAAGCUCGGCGAGAUACGCUCUAUGUUCGUGUGGCGCCUUAACGAACGCAUGGCGGACCAAUUCCGCUCUGGGCGCGUCUUCAUCGUCGGGGAUGCUGCUCACGUUCACUCUCCAAGUGGUGGACAGGGCCUCAACAGCGGCCUGCUUGACGCGUACAACCUCUCCUGGAAGCUCGCACUCGUCGCCAAAGGCCUCUCACCAGCGUCACUCCUCGACACGUACGAAGAAGAGCGUGUCCCUGUUAUUCGUGAGAUGCUCCGCCUAACCUCAAACAUCACCGCCGUCUCGUAUCGGACCGAAGGCGCAGCAAGCAGCAUAUGGGCGAAGCGCCCACGGAGCAUCACUCAGCUCGGCGUGCACUGCCGCUGGAGCAGUAUCGUACUGGACGAGCUGCGCGAAGGCGAGCUUGUCGUCGAGAGCACGAACCUCGAGAACGUCGGAGCAUAUGGGGCAGACGAUGGCGUAGUUGGCCGGCUGCAUGCGGGCGAUCGUGCGCCGGACGCGCCGGGGCUGCUUGAUGGGCGUGGGAAGAGCGGUGCGACGAGCGUCUUCGACUUCAUCCGCCCGACGCGGCACGUCGUGCUCGUGUUCGAUACGGCGGUGGAGAAGGAUGUUGCGGAGUAUGUUCGCAAGCUCCCUCAGGAUGCUGUCUGGGCCGUUGCGCUCGUCAAGCAAGGCGAGCGGGCGUUCUGGCCUGAUUUGCCCCGCCUUUCGGACGUCGAAGGGCACGCGCGGCGGGCUUACGAUGCCGAAGAGGGCGUCAAGGUUGCGGUCAUCCGUCCAGACGGUGUGGUCGGGGCUUUGCUAAAGGACGCAAGCGGGUUGGCUCUGUACUUCUCGAAGAUAUUCACGUGUGCUUAA